GAGGCAGCCGGCGCGGUGCUCCCUCGGCGCGGUUCGCCGGAGCAGACUUUUGCUUACGGUUUGAGCCGCGGCCCGGUAGGUUGACUGAGCGGCUGGUGCGUGUGAGGCGGUGCUGGGCGGGGUUGGGUCGCCACUGCGCGAUCCGGCUCCAGUCUCGGUUACGUGGACGCCUAGUCAGCACGUGCCGCCGCGGGGACUCACCCUCCCCCGACGCAAAAGCUCCCUCGCUGUGCCCCUCCGGAACGGAUGGGGCCGCCUGGGCAGCGGCUGUGUGUGAGAAGCAGAUGGUUUCCCGAUGGGCAGACGCCUCGUGCGCCUCACCCCGCAGCGCGGCUGGCUCGCAGCUCGGAGGUUUCCUCUGGGCGCGGGUCGGCUGGCUGCACUGUCGGUGGCGGUGGCACCUCGACUGGCCCCGCGUAACAAGGCCCUGGCAGGCUCAGCGGUGCAGCCCUCCCCUUUCGGAGCGGCUCCCGCCCUGCUGUGGAGCUGCGGCGUGUCGGUUGUGAUGCGCUUCUAGCCACCGAGCGGUCGUGCGAAUCCUUGAGUGGAGCAACCCGUCGAGCCCGCCCUCCGACGCUAGCCCCCGCCCUCACCGCCACCCUCGCCGCCGCCCUCGCCGCCACCCUC